AUGGCGUCCACCGUUCCAUUCUCACCGAGCCCCAUAGCUCAACUCCGCCAGGCCAAGGCCAACAGCUCCAAUUAUCAUCCAUGGAAAACCCACAAAAAUCCUAUCUUUAUUCACAUGUCGGGCCCCGAGAUUCCCAGUUAUUCCCAAAUACCCCGACGCCCCUCUUCCUCUUUCCCUCAAACCCUCAAACUUCCGUCCCUCCACAGCCCCGACCCGAUCCUCCCGCCGACCGUAUCGGACCCCACCGACGACAACUUCGCGGAAAAUCCUCACAAAUUGUUCACCCUGCAGUUAAUCCCAAACGGGUACCGCCUGAACCCGGCUGUACAAUCGGACGGCCGGAUAUUCAUUCAGGACCCGCCAUGGAUUUCGUCUCUCUUCGACAAGAGCCUGCUCUUCAGGAACCGGAGCCGGAGCGGGGUCAAAAUAGAAUUUCAGGAAAUGGAGAGGCGGAAGUACCAUUUGCUCCGGCGGCGGCAGGUGAAGGCGGAGACGGAGGCGUGGGAGAACAUGACGGCGGAGUACCGUGAGAUGGAGAGAGAAAUGUGCGAGAAAAAAUUGGCGCCCAACCUGCCUCACGUGAAGCGAUUUAUCCUGGGCUGGUUUGAGCCUCUGAGGUCGGCCAUCGAGAUGGAGCAGAAUCUGCAGAGGUCGAAAAAGAACAAGGAGGCAUACGCGCCUUUUAUAGAUGCUUUGCCAGCCGAAAAAAUGGCGGUCAUUGUGAUGCAUAAGUUGAUGGGGUUGCUGAUGAUGGGUGGGAAGGACGGCAGUUGUGUUCGUGUGCUGGAGGCCGCCCUUCAAAUCGGGUCAGCAAUCGAGCAUGAGGUUAAAAUUCAUAAUUUCUUGAAGAAAACAAAAAAGCAUCGAGGAAUAGAAGAUACUGAUGAAAGCCAGGUAGAUUUAAGUAAGGAAGAUGCAAUUUUGAGAAGUCGUGUGAAGAGUUUAAUCAGAAGCCACCGUGUCAUUGAAGUACAAAAAAUAGUCAGAAGUGAAGUUAAGUCAUGGGGUCAGAAUGCUCAGGCUAAGUUGGGAUGUUGCCUUUUACAACUGUUAAUUCAAAGUGCUUAUGUACAACCACCCGUUGAACAGUCAGCUGAAAGUCCCCCUGACGUUCGGCCUGCAUUCAGGCACUUAUUGAAGAGAGGAUCAGGGUUAGAAUUUUACUUGAAAAAGAACAAUGUGAAGAAGUGCGGAGUCAUAGAAUGUGAUCCCCUGGUUCUUUCUGGGCUUGAUCAAGCUGUUAGACAUAUGGACAUUCCGUAUGUGCCAAUGUUGGUGCCACCCGAGAAAUGGAAGGGGUACGACAAGGGUGGUUACCUGUUUUUACCUUCUUAUUUAAUGCGUACUCGUGGUUCAAGGAAGCAACAGGAAGCUCUCAAAGCUGUUCCUUCAAAACAAAUGCAGAAAGUUUACGAUGCCCUUGAUACUCUAGGAAACACCAAGUGGAGAGUGAAUAAACAUAUAUUAGGAGUUGUUGAGAGCAUUUGGGACUCAGGUGGAAACCUUGCUGGCCUGGUAAACCGUGAAGAUGUUCCAAUACCUGAGCUUCUCUUGGAUGAUGCAGAAGAAGUAAAGAAGUGGAAAUGGAGUGUGAGGAAUGUGCAAAAAAUCAAUCGUGAAAGACAUUCUGAAAGAUGUGACACUGAACUAAAGCUCUCCGUUGCUCGGAAGUUGAAAGACGAGGAAGGGUUUUACUUUCCGCACAAUCUUGACUUUCGAGGCCGUGCAUAUCCUAUGCACCCCCAUCUUAAUCAUCUAAGUUCUGAUCUCUGCAGAGGAACACUCGAAUAUUCUGAAGGAAAGCCAUUGGGGAGAUCUGGUUUAAAUUGGUUAAAAGUACAUUUAGCAAAUCUCUAUGGUGGGGGUGCCGAUAAGCUUUCUUAUGAUGGUCGCCUCUCGUUUGUGGAAAACAAUUUAGCAGAAAUAUUCGACUCUGCCGAUAAUUCUCUGAAUGGAAAUCGAUGGUGGUUAAAGGCUGAAGAUCCUUUUCAGUGCUUAGCCGCAUGUAUUAAUCUGUCUGAAGCCUUAAGAAGCUCAUCCCCAUGCACUGUUAUUUCCCACCUGCCCAUUCAUCUGGAUGGAUCGUGCAAUGGAUUGCAACAUUAUGCAGCUCUUGGAAGGAAUAGUUUUGAAGCUGCUGCAGUCAAUUUAGUUGCUGGGGACAAACCUGCCGAUGUUUAUUCAGAAAUCGCAGAGAGGGUUCUUAAUAUCAUGAAAAGAGACAGCGAAAAGGACCCAGCAAAAGAUUCAAAUGCUUUGCUAGCCAAACUCUUGAUCGGUCAGGUGGAUAGAAAACUUGUCAAACAGACUGUGAUGACCUCAGUAUAUGGUGUUACUUAUAUUGGUGCACGCGAACAGAUAAAGAGAAGAUUGGAGGAGAAGGGUCUUAUUACUGACGGAAGGCUGCUCUUCAGUGCAGCGUGUUAUGCUGCUAAAGUGACAUUGGCAGCCCUUGGAGAGCUAUUUCAAGCUGCACGAGCAAUUAUGGGAUGGCUUAGUGACUGUGCUAAGAUUAUUGCUUCAGAAAAUGAACCUGUACGUUGGACAACACCACUCGGCUUACCUGUCGUACAACCAUACUUCAAAACUCGGCUUUGUGCAGUAAGAACCUAUCUCCAGAUUUUAACUUUAAAGCGCGAGGGUAAUUUGGUUGAGGUAAGAAAGCAGAGAACUGCAUUUCCUCCCAACUUUGUGCACUCACUCGACGGCUCACACAUGAUGAUGACUGCCAUUGCAUGUCGAGAUGCUGGAUUGCGUUUUGCAGGUGUGCACGACUCGUUUUGGACACAUGCAUGCGAUGUUGAUAGAAUGAGUAAGAUUCUGAGACAAAAGUUCGUGGAUCUAUAUAAUAUGCCGAUACUUGAAAACCUGCUCGAGAGCUUCGAGACAUCAUAUCCAACACUCACAUUUCCACCUCUGCCAGAUAGAGGAGACUUUGAUCUCAACCAAGUUCUUGAAUCUCCAUACUUUUUCAACUAA